AAUUUCUCUCAUAUUUGAUCUAUUGAUUUUGUUAAAAACUUUCGUGGCUAACUUGAGCACCUUAAGUUCCCUGCCAAAGCACACUUUUGCAGCCCUUCACCGUUUUUCCUCCUGCUUUCAGAUUGUGCUUUCUUCUAUACCAGUUGCCUCUACCUUCAUAUUCUACACGUAAAUUUUCAAGAUUUGUGUGUUUUUAGAUUUUACUUUAACAAAUUCCAUAUGAUAUCUAUCUCUCUUAAUUGGAUGCUAAUUCCUUUAUAAUUACCAAUCACGGUGAUUCAUGUGUGAUCAUGUGAAAGUGAAAGGAACAGCAACGACUCACGCAUGGCCUCAAGUUUGCUUGAAGAAUUGGCCAUUGGGGAUUUCAUUGUACAAGGAUGAGAUUAAUGGAGUACCUGCUGGUUCCUUAAUACGGUACAAUGCAGCUGUGCUGUGGAGUCGAAUCCUCUUUAGAGUUGGCAGAAAGGAAUUCGCCUUUGUUUCAAUAAAUAUGAUUGAAAUAGAGGCCACUAUGUACCAUAACUUGUGGAGUAGGGUUUGUCUUGACGAGAGAAGGAAGUAUGUGGAGCAGGGUUUGUCUAUGAUCAACACAAGGACAUACAAAUAUACGUUAAUCAUCGCAAAGGUAGGCAAUCCAGAAGCCGAUUAUUAUUAUGAUUAUAGUGCCUUGCCAAGAUAUGCUUGGACCUGUUAUGUGAGACCAAACCAGCUCUACUUCAAAGCAAAACAAGUGUAGUCUUUAAAGUCUCCAUACUAAUUUGCCUGGCCCUGAUGAGUGUAAAAAUUUCAUGAACAAAGUCUUCGAAGAAUAUACAGAGAUGGACAUUUUUAGAAAAAAGAGAAACAUCAUCAACUUGGAUCCAUGGCUACUAGAUGGCUGGUUUUAGCAUGUUCCUUGAGAGUUGUAGCAUUGAUCUUGCUGAACUUUGGACCUAUGCGGUGCUCUCCUUCUGGCUUUAGAACUUGACAUUAACAAUACCAGCCACCCCCUCAUGGAAACAUCAUCAAGAAAAUCACUGGCACUAC